AUGGAAAGGACUGAUCACGUGGAGCAGUCUAAUGAGCAUUCUGAAAUGGCAAAUACCACAGAACAAAGCAGUGACGUGCAGUCAGGUGGUCAGCUCCGGCUUUUUUCUUACUUAUACAUUGGUGGAAGUGUUGAAAUUCCUAAUCUGACUUAUACAAAUGACCUCAUGAAUCCAAUCUCAUGCAUUUAUAUUGCAAGUCUGAAGCACUACAGAAUUAUCAUUUAUCCUCUUGGAUUUUCAGAACCUGAUUCUAUGGCCUAUGACACAAUGCUGAAAUCAGCCACUGAUUUGUUUUGGUUUUGUCUACCAGCAGCCUUUGACCUUUACGCAAAGCCUGGUAAUAAUAGGACGUUAACUCUGUUGAAUCCCAAGAAAUCUUUUUAUCAAUGGAGGCUACGUGUUCCAACUGAGUGUGUUGUCAAAUUGAUAGUUGUAACAUCACAUGAUGUGGUUCCUGGGAGUUGUGCAACGCACAGGCUAUCUGCAUAUGAUUUUCUUCUUCCAUUGCAGAACAAGAUCAUUACCAGGUGGUGCGGAAUGUCAGGAGCCUGGAAACCUCCAAUUAUACGUUUAACUUCAUCCAGUAAUGUAAUGCUGGUCACUUUUUCAUUGGAUCGACGACAAAAGAAUAAUAUAUUGAAAGCAUAUUUCCAGGCUGUUCCUAAAAUUGGUUGUGGUGGCCGGUAUGUUUCCUAUGGGAGUGUAAUUUCACCUUAUUAUCCUAGUUACUAUCCACCAAACAUUGACUGCCACUGGAUUAUCAAGGCUCCCCUCCCUGGAUACAGAUUGAUGUUAAAAAUUAUUGUAAUACAAAUUCAGGAACAAUCUCCUGGAUCCAAGAAAUGUGAUAAAGAUUGGCUGGCAAUUGAUGGAGUAAGAUAUUGCAAAGCUAUUGCAGAAGAAAACAGAGUCAAAGAAUAUGGCUAUUCCAUUUCAAUUAGCUUCCAUUCUGAUGAACUGGUCACCCACAGAGGUUUUUAUAUAGAAUUUAGAGCUUUCAGCCAUACAGAUCCUUGUCCAAGGCAGUUUAAAUGUUCUGACCGAUCAUGCGUUCCUUUAAAUAGUAAAUGUGAUGGGUGGAAUGACUGCACAGAUGGAAGUGAUGAAAUGGAUUGUGCGUAUAAAAGAUGUCUACCUCAAUCAUAUAAGUGUGUAAAUGGGAAAUGCCCAAAAAAAUUAAAUCCAGAAUGUGAUGGCAUAAGAGACUGUGAAGAUGGAUUUGAUGAAAUGAAUUGUGCAUGUGGAAGGAGUCAAGUAACGAAAUUCAGAAUUGUAGGUGGUGAAGAAUCAAGGCCUGGAAAGUGGCCUUGGCAAGCAAGCUUGCAACUGGGAACAUCUGGUCACAUAUGUGGCGCCUCUGUAAUUUCAAAUCGGUGGUUGGUAUCUGCUGCGCAUUGCUUUCAGGACUCUGAGUCUUUAAGAUACUCCAUAGCAUCCGGCUGGACAGCAUAUAUGGGUAUAAAAAGCAUUAACAAAUACAGCAGUAAUCAAGCAGUAAUGAGAUCAAUCAAAAGGAUAAUAGUCCAUCCAAAUUAUGAUCAAUACAUCUCAGAUUAUGACAUUGCACUCUUGGAAAUGGAGGCACCGGUAUUUUUCACUGAGCUGGUACAGCCCGUAUGUUUACUGAGCAGUCCUAGAGUAUUUAUUUAUGGAACUGUCUGCUAUGUAACUGGCUGGGGAGCUGUAAAAGAAAAUAGUCAACUUACAAAAACAUUACAAGAAGCCAAAGUAAAAAUCAUUAACCAAAGUGUUUGCAACAAACUUUAUGAUUUUUUAAUUACAUCUCAAAUGCUAUGUGCUGGGAAUCUGAAUGGUGGUACAGAUGCAUGUCAGGGUGAUUCUGGAGGACCAUUAGCCUGUUUAGGAAAAGGAAACAGAUGGUACCUUACAGGCAUUGUCAGCUGGGGUGAAGGAUGUGCUCGAAGAAACCGCCCUGGAGUUUAUACUAAGGUCACAGCAUUUUAUGAAUGGAUCCAUCAAUACAUAAACUAA